GAGGAGGAAGUGGUCAGCAGCGCGCCGGCGCCGGGGUGAUGGUGUUUCCCCGGCUGUUGCUUGCGGCGCCCCGCAGUGCCGUUCUUCAGUCCGUGCAGGCUGCGCUCUACGGUUUGAAAUCAACAAGGGGAAGUUGCCACAAUUUUUGUACUGCUGCUUCCAAAUACCUCACUUAUAAAGAAUUGAAAAACUUGCUUAAUUCCAAAAACAUUAUGUUAAUUGAUGUUAGAGAGCCAUGGGAAAUCCUUGAGUAUGGAAAAAUCCCUGGGUCUGUCAAUAUACCAUUGGAUGAGGUAGGUGAAGCUCUUCAGAUGAACCCAAAAGACUUCAAAGAGAAAUACAAAAAAGUAAAGCCAUCCAAAUCUGACAAUCUAGUGUUUUCUUGUUUAGCUGGACUUAGAAGCAAGAAGGCUCUGGAUACAGCAAUAUCUCUGGGAUUUAACAGUGCUCAACACUAUGCUGGAGGGUGGAAGGAAUGGGUAUCCUGCGAACUUACAGAGAAGAAAGAAGGAAACUGAAUUUUGAAACAAAUUGACUGAGUGCAUGAAACAAAGUAUACUGGAGUGAGCAAAAUAAACAUCCUGUCCUGACAACAA